AUGGCGACUCAUUUCCUGCGCUUCCUGAAUCUCAUCGUGCUGGCUGGAGGCGUCGCGUCAAUAGUAAUAAUGCUCAUAAUCCGCCCCGUGCCGCUCUUUCCUCCUGGCUGGGGCUUCAUCCUGCUCGGCGCGCUUACAGUCGCAUCCGGUCUGCUAGGAGUUGUUUCAGCUGCGCGGCCAGGAUUCUUCUUCGACUGCCACGUGUUCUGCCUUUUGGUCUCCCUCGCGGGCUUCCUCGCGUCGUUCCUGGUCAUCUUCCUGCGCCUCGACGUAAUCGUGGGGAACCUGAGCCCGGCGGUAGAGAGCGGCAAGGCGCGGCAGCUGGUGAGCACGGAGGGCGCCAUCUACCUCGUGCUCUUCGUCACGCAGCUCGUCGUGCUGCUGCUCGCCGCCAUCGUGCAGUGCUGUGGCGCAGCUGACUAUAGCGAUGCCUACGAAUCGAUUUCCCCCGUUAGAGCCUCAACCCGCAGAUAUGAAGAGCCUCGGCGGCCGAGAAUGGAGGCUCGUGCUGCUCCUCGAAUGCCGGAAAGACCUAGUGAAGCCCCCCGGCGGUGGAUUCCGGCGAAGCCGGCGGAGCCGACGCCGCCAGCCAUGGCAGGUGGUGUGGAGUAUUCGGGCAGAGUGGUGGGAGAUAAGACGCAGAGAAUGGCAGAGCAGCUUCAGCAGAAGUACGCGCACUGGGUCAAGCGCGACACGCACUUCGUCGAGAGUCUCUCGAGCAAGUCCUCUGUUAGCCAGCAGACUGCUCGCGUUACUUCGCUCCAGAAGCAUUCGCUGGCGUCUGCCGUCUCCGCUCCGCGCGCGUCCAUUUCGAAUAAUGCGGACUUCGGCAAGCCCGAGAACCCGAGGGCGAGCCGGAUCGUGCCGUCCGCCGUGGCGAGCGAGCCCGCGGCAGUGAGCAACUCGCCAAAUGCAUUCCACACGGAAAACGGCUACCUUUACGUCGAAGAUAUGCGUGUCGCUGACGUGGCAGAGCAGAUCUGGCAGCAAGAGGACAACUUCCGUCCCUUCUACCUCUACAGCCGUCCGCAGAUCCUCCGCAACUAUAACGCGUAUGUGGACGCGCUUAAGGGCCUGCCGGGGUCUAUUAUCGGGUACGCGGUGAAGUCGAACAACAACCUCAAGGUGCUGCAGACGCUGUGCGGCGCGGGCAGCGGCGCCGUGCUCGUCAGCGGCAACGAGCUCCGCCUCGCGCUCCUCGCCGGCUUCGACCCUUCCCGGUGCGUGCUGAACGGCAACGGCAAGCAGCAGCACGAGCUGGAGCUGGCCGCGGAGCACGGGUGCCUGAUCAACAUCGACAGCGAGUUCGACCUCGAACAUGUCACCGCCGCCGCCGAGGCCACCGGCAAGGUCGUCAACGUGCUGCUCCGCAUCAACCCCGACGUCGACCCGCAGGUGCACGCGUACGUGGCGACGGGCAACAAGAGCAGCAAGUUCGGCAUCCGCAACGAGCGCCUGCGGUGGUUCCUCGACCAGAUCCGCGCGCGCGAGGGCAAGCUGCGCCUCGUCGGCGCGCACUGCCACCUGGGGUCCACCAUCACCAAGGUGAACGUGUUCCGCGAUGCGGCGCGCAUCAUGGUGGGGUAUCUGGACGAGAUCCGCGCGCAGGGCUUCCCCGUGCAGUACCUCAACAUCGGGGGUGGACUCGGCAUCGACUACUCGCGCUCCAAUGCCGUGCUGCCCUCGCCCACCGACCUCAUUGACACCGUGAGGGAGAUAGUGACGGACCGCGGGCUGACGCUAAUCAUCGAGCCGGGGCGGUCGCUGAUCGGCAACACGGCGGCGUUUGUGUGUCGGGUGAUCGGGGUGAAGAGCAACGGCAGCAAGGACUUCAUCGUCGUCAACGGCUCCAUGGCUGAGCUCAUCCGCCCCGCCCUCUACGACGCCUACCAACACAUAGAGCUGGUGGCGCCGACGCCGGAGGGGGCGGAGGAGCGAAGCUUUGACGUGGUGGGGCCCGUGUGCGAGUCCGCUGACUUCCUCGGCAAGGCCCGCUCUCUGCCCACACCUGCUGAGGGGGAUGCUCUUGUGGUGCACGAUGCUGGAGCGUACUGCAUGGCCAUGGCUUCCACAUACAAUCUCAAGAUGCGCCCUCCUGAAUACUGGGGGCGCACGCACGGGAACCAGAAUGCAUGCAGCCAGCUUUUCAGGCCAAACCCGCCCUCCGCCCCAACCCGCCAUCUUGUGGCAUUUCGUUUCUACCUCCUCCCUCCACAAAAGCAUUUGCUGCUGUCACUGCUGUGUGCCAUCAGCAUCGCAUUGCUGAAUUGCCAGUCAGUCCACGAGCCGAUCCCCUCGCUGCAUUACGGAUUAAUCAUGGCCAGCGCAUCGUGCCUCGCAAAGGUGAACCUGCAGCCGUCGCCGUGCGCUGCCGGUCUUAGAAGCCAGUCCGCGGAUUGCGCGUCGUUGCGCAAGAGCGUCGCGGUGCAGCCAUGUGGCGUGCGGAGGGGAGUGAGCGUGCGCGCGCACAAGGACGCGGAGAGGGUUGGCGUGGCGGCGGCGGCCGUGGCUCUGACGGCGCAACUGACGGCCGCAAAUGCCGCGUUGGCCGUGGACGCGGACCAAGUCCGAGAAACACUCGCCCAGGUGGAAGAACUGGCUAAGCAGACUGCUGACCUGGCAACCAAGGUGUACAGCACGAGCAUCGACGUGGCAGAGCAGGUGGUCCGCGUCACCAAGCCGCUGGUGGAGGCGGCAGCGCCGGUGGUGAUCGAGGGAGCGCAGGAGGCGUUAAAGGCGGCGGCACCGGUGGCGUCGGACCUGGCGGAGAAGGCGUCCAAGGCGCUGCAGGACUCGGGCGUCGACGUCGCGCCCGUCGUCGAGGCCGCCAGGACGGCGGCGAGCGUGGCGGACGGCGUGACCGACAGCACGGGGCGCGCGAUUACGGCGGUGACGCCGUACGCGACGAGCACGGUGGACCUCAUCAGCUCCGCCGACCCCACCGCGCUCUCCAUCGCCGCGGGCGGGCUCUUCGGGCUGUACCUCCUGCUGCCCUCUAUCGGCCGCGGCAUCGCCUACUCCUUCCGCGGCUACGCAGGCGAGCUGACGGCAGCGCAGGCGUUGGACGUGUUGGAGAGGGAGGAGAGCGUGCUCGUGGACGUGCGCUCAGAGGACCAGAAGCUCUCCUCCGGCGUGCCCUCUCUGCCCCGUGGGCUCUCCCGCAAAAUCAUCUACGUCCCAGUGGAGGAGGUACCAGUGGAGCUGCGCGACCAGCUGAAGAACCCCUUGGACACGGAGGCGGAGCUCACAGCCAUCAAGGUGGCGUCGCUCAAGAGAAUUGGCCGCCGCGCUAAACUCAUCGUCAUCGACAACGACAAUGAGAUCUCAAAGCAGGUGGCGCGGUCGCUGGCCUCUCUAGGCUACCGCAACGUGUGGGUCGUGCGGGACGGCGUGGAGGGGCGGGCUGGAUGGGCGGCGAGCCAGCUGGCGAUCGACUCGUACGACGGGCCACCCACAAGCUGGUUCUCGGUGCCGUCUUACUCGUCGGGCGGCACCAGCAAGGAGCGCACCGGCACCCAGAAGCUCGGCACUCAGUCUAGGCUCGGCACUCAAUCGGUGUCUGCAGCUGCCUCCACUGCCGCUGGGGAGGAGUAA